ACAUUUGAUGCAAGCGGAGCAAUUAUCAGAUGCGGCAUUAUGUCGUUAUUCACUAUUGAAUUAACAAAACUACAUCACCUAGCCAAUCAGUUAACGGUGAUUCUGCAUGAAAAGCACAACUAGAUUCUAACCAAGCGUGUUCAACUUAAAUUUUUAAGAAUGAAGUUGUUCUUGCUGGUGAUUGGGUUGCUGUUUUUGGGUGUUGGACAAAGUAAAGUGUUGCUACAAGGCUUUUGGUGGGAUUUUUGGAACGAUAACUACCCGAAUGCAUGGGCCGACUAUUUGGCCGAGCUGUCACCGAGGCUGGCCGAAAUAGGCGUCGAUUCCGUCUGGAUACCACCGACAAUAAAAAAUCCAGGCUAUUGGGUAGGUUAUGCACCAUUCGACCACUACGAUCUAGGAGACAAGUAUCAAAAGGGUUUCACUGGAACGCGAAUCGGGACUAAAGAUGAGCUACUCCGUAUGGUGGCCAUUAUGCAUGCAAAUGGAAUUGAUGUCGUUCAAGAUGGAGUACUCAACCAUGUAACGGGAGCCGGAGCGAGCGAUGGUUCCGGAGGGUCUGAUCCGGCUGCUUGGAAUGAUAAAUAUACAAACUUCCGUUAUGUCAGUUUCGCCACUCCCGUCACGACAGAUAACGAAGCUGAUUACCUUUCCCGAGCUGGAAGAUUUCCAAAGAACUGGGAAAAUUUCCACAACAAUCCAGGACACGAUUGUUUGUCCGGAGAUAUUUGCGCUGGAUAUUGGGGACCUGACGUCUGUUACUAUCCAGGUGCUUACGGACAGAGCUCGAAUGCCAUACACAAUCCUCCGCAGUCGUCCGAUUACAUGCGAAACGAAAUGCGCAGCUGGCUCAUCUGGUACAAAAAGCAAAUGGGAAUCGACGGAUGGAGAUUUGACGCUGUCAAACACUUUUUGCCGUCCGCCAUGGAGGACUUCCUUUACAAUCUGCAAUUUAGCGCCGGAUGGGCUAGCGGUGGAGAUGAAAUGUUCGCCGUGGGAGAGUACGUUGGAGGAGGCGCAGAACUUGACAACUGGUGUGCCAGCGUUCAAAAUCGAGCGGGAACUUUUGACUUUGGUCUUCGAGGAUCCAUUUAUGGAAUCAUCACUGGUAAUGGCAACUUUGACAUGGGAUCCAUCCCAGGGGCACAGCAAGGAAACCGAUUGCGAACCGUGCCAUUCGUUAACAAUCACGACACAUUCCGGCCAAUCUUGACCACCGAUGGUAAUUACAAUGGCUGGGACACUUCACAAGAACUGGCGGCCCAUAUAGAUCCUUACGAUGGACGCCUAUCAGCUGCUUAUGCUGUCGCUUUCGCCGUCGAUGGAACUCCCACUGUUUUCAUCGAGGACCUUUUCGAUUUGGGAAAACUUGGCAAUCGAUUCACUCACGAUCCUAAAGUCGCUGCCCAGUUGCCUAUGCGGUCGGAUAUUGCCAACAUUAUCUGGUGCCACCAGCAUCUUCGUUUCAAAGAGGGCGCAUACAAAGUACCUCACGGAUCCGGCGAUCUUUUGGUCAUCGAACGAAGCGCCAAGGCCAUUAUAGGCGUCACAGACAGUUGGACCGUAUGGCAAACCGUCACUAUAGGAACCGAUUUCCCGGCUGGCACAGUCCUGAAGGAUCACUCUGGGGCCACUGUCGAAACUGCAACUGUUGGAGGAGACAAGACAGUCACUAUUAAAGUUCCACCUUGCAACGGCGAAGCUCUCAAUGGAAGAAGGUGUUACGCCAUCUGGGGUCCCCUUACUCCGCCUGGUUACACUGCUAACGUGCGCGAAACAACCCAAGAGUGGGAAAUGGCCGAUGAUUUGGGCGACAGUCAUCCGCUUUCGUUGCAGCAAGGCGGCCAGCUGCCAGCUUAUUCCGUUGAGACCCGAACAGUUGGAAAGAUUUUCGUCGCGGCUUCUUCGCCCGUUACCUUCUAUCUUUUCUUAGCCGAUUCUUUGAAUGGAGUAACCGUCGAGCUCUACAACGACCAAACGCUCGUCCACAGUGAAUCACCCAGCGUCACAGGAAGCUAUACUCCUAAUUUCACCGGAUGGCUAACCAUCAAGGUUAGAAAUACGGAGGCCACAUCACCAGGGCAAAUAGUUUGGGUGGUCAUGACAUACAAACCCCCUGCCCAAGUCACAACGGAUCUUUUUGACUCGAAAUUGAACGCCACCGGUGAUUGGGACCUUUAUCAUCGAAUGGUUAAUUGGCCGCGAUCUAAACUCUGAAAUUGAAUAAGGUUUCAUUGCUUCGUUUGUUUGUUUUUUACUUUAGCAAACCGUGCUUCAUUACAAAUAUUAACGGGACACAGAAUAAACUUGAAUUAAAUAUU